UUGCUGUAGGCGAGGGUUCCUGUGUGCUGAAGACUCUACUGAGAUGCAGAAAUAUGGAGUAAUAAGUGAUGAUGUGAAACUCUAUAUCUAAAUGAUACCCGAUUGAUUCCAGCUCAUCAGGAAGAACAUCUGCUGUCAUUCGUAGCCACACUACUGAAGAAAGCAACUCAAGCAUUAAAAUGCUUUUGAGUACUCUUGAUGAAUGUGAACUGUAGCUAUAUGAUUGGUGAAGUACAAGGAAGUGUAAGUUAAAGAAACUGAAAGUCGAAUGGUGGAAAAUGAGUGUGUUUAAAAAGCAGUACCGUCCCUCUGCUGCAGUCUUUAGAAGAUCGUUGUCGGAACAGGGGAGUGGAAGUACAAAAGUUGCAGUUAAUUUGAAGGACUAUCAAUGGUACUACCAAAUGAAGAGUAAGAGGACACAUGAACAAGCUGUUUCAGACCUAGGGAAGUCACUUGGUGCAUACAAGUGGCAGACGCAUUCCAGGUUUCACUGGAAGGGGAGCAAGAGAGAGUUGUCUCACAGUCUUAAAUGGAAACAUAAUCAGCUAAGUCCUAUUGAAUGCCCUUUGAGGAUGGACAAUAGUGGUGUUGAUGAUCUCCAGGAAGACCCAGCAAGAAAGAUGAGCCAGGCAGAUAGUAUACCAUUUCGAGUUCCAUUCAGCCGGUCUAUGUCUGAGCCUGCACCACACUGGAGAAAUAGACGUGUGAAGCCAUUUCUGCAACCAGUACUCUCAGUAGAUUGUGAGCAACAGGGAUAUUUCAUCCAUGGUAUCUUCUCUACACUUUCAAGUGGCUUUUCUAAGAUGUUGACCCGAAAAGGGGAGCCCAGCACUGAACCAGUGAAUGAAUGGGGCAUGGACUGUAAUCAGAUUGAUUUGAAUACAGAUGUGAAAGGGCCACCUACCCACAGACUGUCCUGCGGCCAGUCUCCCUACACUGAAACUACAACAUGGGAGAGAAAAUAUUGCAUCCUGACGGACAGUCAGCUGGUGCUGCUCAACAGGGAGAAGGAGAUGCCUGUGGAGGGGGUACAGGAGCAGCAGGCAGAAUCUACCAAAGGGCGGUGCCUGCGACGUACAGUAAGCGUCCCAUCUGAGGGUCAGUUUCCUGAAUAUCCACCAGAGGGAGCCACUAAGCUUGAGGUCCCAGCAGAGAGGUCUCCUCGCAGAAGGAGCAUCUCUGGAACCAGCACAUCCGAGAAAACCAACUCCAUGGAUGCUUCAAACACCUCUCCUUUCAAAGUCCCAGGCUUCUUCAGCAAACGUCUGAAAGGCUCCAUCAAGAGGACAAAGAGCCAGUCAAAGCUGGACAGAAAUACAAGUUUCCGUCUUCCAUCUAUCCGCAACACUGAUGACAGGUCUCGUGGACUGCCAAAGCUGAAAGAAUCUCGUUCACAUGAGUCUUUGCUUAGCCCGGGCAGUGCAGUGGAGGCAUUGGAUCUUGGGAUUGAAGAGAAAGUCUUUGUCAAACCACUUCACAGCAGUAUCCUUGGACAAGACUUCUGCUUUGAGGUAACCUACUCCAGUGGCAGUAAAUGUUUCAGUUGUUCCUCUGCAGCAGAGAGAGACAAGUGGAUGGAAAAUCUACGCAGGACAGUGCAGCCUAACAAGGACAACUGCCGUCGAGCCGAGAAUGUGCUCCGUCUCUGGAUCAUUGAGGCCAAGGACUUGGCCCCCAAGAAGAAAUAUUUCUGUGAGUUGUGCCUUGACGACACUCUGUUUGCCCGCACCACUAGCAAAACAAAAGCAGACAACAUCUUCUGGGGCGAACACUUCGAGUUCUACGGCCUCCCGCCCCUCCAUAGCAUCACAGUUCACAUCUAUAAGGAUGUGGAGAAGAAGAAGAAAAAAGACAAGAAUAACUAUGUAGGACUGGUCAACAUCCCCAUGGCCAGUGUGACUGGCCGUCAGUUUGUGGAAAAGUGGUACCCAGUCAGCACACCUACGCCCAAUAAAGGGAAAUCAGGGGGGCCUUCCAUUCGGAUCAAGUCCCGAUACCAGACCAUCACCAUCCUCCCCAUGGAACAGUACAAAGAAUUUGCAGAGUUUGUUACUAACAACUACACCAUGCUGUGCUCAGUGCUAGAGCCUGUGAUCAGUGUGAGGAACAAGGAGGAGAUGGCCUGUGCUUUGGUGCACAUUCUUCAAAGCACUGGCAGAGCCAAGGACUUCUUGACCGAUCUGGUGAUGUCUGAGGUAGAUCGCUGUGGGGAGCAUGAUGUUUUGAUCUUCAGGGAGAAUACGCUUGCCACCAAAGCCAUUGAGGAGUACCUAAAGCUGGUAGGACAGAAGUAUCUUCAUGAUGCACUAGGGGAAUUCAUCAAGGCUUUGUAUGAGUCAGAUGAGAACUGUGAAGUCGAUCCCAGCAAAUGUUCAUCCAGUGAAUUAACUGAUCAUCAGAGCAACCUGAAAAUGUGUUGUGAGCUGGCCUUUUGCAAGAUUAUCAACUCCUACUGUGUGUUUCCUCGUGAGCUGAAGGAGGUGUUUGCAUCCUGGAAGCAGAAGUGCCUCAGUCGGGGCAAGCAGGACAUCAGUGAACGCCUGAUCAGCGCCUCACUCUUCCUCCGUUUCCUGUGCCCGUCUAUCAUGUCCCCUAGUCUCUUCAGUCUCAUGCAGGAGUAUCCUGACGACCGGACAUCUCGCACUCUGACACUCAUUGCUAAAGUCAUUCAGAACCUCGCCAAUUUUGCUAAGUUUGGUAAUAAAGAGGAGUACAUGGCCUUCAUGAAUGAUUUCCUGGAACAUGAAUGGGGGGGAAUGAAGCGCUUUCUCCUGGAGAUCUCUAACCCGGACACCAUAUCAAACACCCCUGGGUUUGAAGGCUACAUUGACCUGGGCAGGGAGCUCUCAGUUUUGCACUCCCUAUUAUGGGAGGUUGUGUCCCAGCUUGAUAAGGGUGAAAAUUCCUUCCUACAGGCGACCGUGGCAAAACUUGGACCCCUCCCUCGCAUUCUUGCUGAUAUCACCAAGUCAAUGACCAAUCCUACGCCAAUACAGCAGCAGCUGCGGCGUUUCACCGAGCACAGCUCUAGUCCAAAUGUCAGUGGCAGUCUCUCCUCAGGGCUUCAGAAGAUAUUCGAGGACCCCACUGACGGUGACUCACAUAAACUGAAUUCUCCAACCCAGGAAAAUAUAGAUGGGUAUUUUCGAGGGAAAACCUUACUGUUGGUUCAGCAGGCAUCCACCCAGAGCAUGACUUACUCAGACAAGGACGAGAGGGAGAGCAUAUUGCCCAAUGGACGUAGCGUCUCCCUCAUGGACCUGCAGGAUCCCCAUGCAACUCACAGUGAUCACGCAUCCAUCCUGCACGAUGUGCCUUUGCGUCUGGCAGGCAGCCAGCUCUCUAUAACACAGGUGGCCAACAUCAAACAGCUCCGGGAGACUCAGAGCACACCACAGAGCGCUCCCCAAGUAAGGAGACCGCUGCACCCAGCCUUGAAUCAGCAGGGCAGCCUCCAGCCCCUCUCCUUCCAGAAUCCGGUUUACCAGCUCAACAACCCUCCUCCACCAAUGCCAAAGGCCUCUGUGGACUCCAGCUUGGAGAACUUAAGCACUGCCAGCUCCCGAAGCCAAAGUAACAGUGAAGACUUCAAACUCAGUGGACCCAGCAACAGCAGCAUGGAGGACUUCACCAAACGCAGCACACAGAGUGAGGACUUUACCAGACGGCACACUGUGCCAGACAAGCAUGCACCUAUGGCUCUGCCCCGCCAGAACAGCACUGGGCAGGCACAGAUCCGUAAAAUGGACCAGGUUGGGUUGGGCGCCAGGGCCAAAGCACCACAGUCCCUGCCACAUAGCGCUUCCUUGCGGAGCACAGGGAGCCUGUCAGCAGCUUCAGGUGCAAUGGUGACAGAGCCAGUUCAGAAUGGGAGCCGGUCGCGGCAGCAGUCCUCGUCCUCCAGAGAAAGCCCUGUCCCCAAAGUGAGGGCAAUUCAGCGGCAGCAGACGCAGCAGGUUCAGUCACCUGUGGACUCAGCCACAAUGUCACCAGUGGAAAGGACAGCUGCAUGGGUUCUGAAUAACGGGCAGUAUGAAGAGGAAGAGGUGGAUACAGAGCAGCAUCAAGAUGAAGUCAAGCAUGCUGAGAAGUACGAGCAAGAGAUAGCAAAGCUGAAGGACCGUCUGAAAGUGUCAAGCCGCCGAUUGGAGGAGUAUGAGCGGCGCCUUCUGGUGCAGGAGCAGCAAAUGCAGAAGCUGCUGAUGGAAUACAAGACGAGGCUGGAAGAUAGUGAGGAACGACUGCGCAGGCAGCAGGAGGAGAAGGACAGUCAGAUGAAAAGCAUCAUUAGCAGGCUAAUGGCAGUCGAAGAGGAGCUGAAGAAGGAUCAUGCUGAGAUGCAAGCAGUCAUUGAUGCAAAGCAGAAAAUUAUUGAUGCACAGGAGAAGCGGAUCGUGUCUCUGGACUCAGCCAACACUCGGCUGAUGAGUGCUCUGACACAGGUGAAGGAGCGCUACAGCAUGCAGGUCCGCAAUGGCAUCUCCCCCACCAACCCCACCAAGCUUUCCAUCACGGAGAAUGGUGAAUUCAAAAACAGCAGCUGCUAACAGGUUAGAUGCUGCUGACCAUCUUCCCAGGGGCAGGACGGAAGGAAGCAGACUCAAGAAAGCCAAACACUGACUCCAUACAGGUUUACAGAAUGCUGCUAAAAGAAAAACUCUGGAGUGGGGAAAUAGAGCCCACCAUUCAGACCAGGAUAAUAAGGGCAAGGGCUCUCCAUAUUGCUGUGUGUAUGUAUAUAUAUAUAUAUAGGGAGCCUGUUGUGGGCCAUGUACAGAAAAUGCCACUGUAAUAUACCAAAAGGAAGUCAACCAUGUAGAUUUUUUUUUAAUUAUUGCUAUUUUUAUUAUCAUUUUUUCCUCUUGUUCAAAGCACUGCAGUCCUUGAAGAGGAAGAAGAGGAAGAGAGAGGUGUGUGUGUGUGUGCACAUGUCCGGUGUGGGUGAGGGCGUGAGCGAGAGAGACAGAAGCAGUUGGUUACUUAGAAGCUGUACAUAUCAGGGUGAUUGAUAUAAGCACAUGAAGUGAAGUGAAAUAUUAGUUAAAUGAAUGAUAAAAGGGACUCGUCUGCCAAUUUUAACCUUCUCUUCCCCAGUUCUUUAACUGAAUACGAACUCCACAUCCAAUCUUCACGCAGGCUUCUGUAUCUGCUAUUGCCAAGAUAUACGCAAAAGGCUAUUCCAGUCUCUCUGAGCAUACUGGGUAGGAACUCUUUGGAGCAGUAAGCUCAUCCCUUGUGGUCUGCCCAAAGCCAGGCUUUUUACCUAACGGACAACGGGAAUUUGCAGUUUUAAAGGUGGGAUAUUUUUACCCCAGUUAUAGUAAGAUUUGAUUUUUUCCUUUUUAGAGUUUACAGAACUGUAAAUACCUGUUUUUUUUACCUUCAGUCCAAUUCCCAGUGUGCACACAGUCCAUUGUCUCAAUGCAAUAGCUAUCCAAAUCUGUUCUCCACUCUCCAUUGGAAAUAAUCAGGUUAGUACUCUAAGGAAAGGGCUAACCAAAGGGCAUCCAGGCUCUGAGCAAUAGAUCAAUGAACGUAAAAUAAAACUUUCCUAGUUUGUUUAUUUUUAACUUUGUCUUGUUCAGUUUCACUUUCACCAUUUCUCCCAUUGGGUUAUCAGAUAUCACAACAUCCAGAGAUGCUUUCUCCAGACUGUGCAUGAUUUUUUAACAUCUCCACCCCACCUAAAUUAAAUUUGCCUUUCUAUUAAUGUUUUUUGAGUUCUGUACGUAUCCGGUUUUUUGCCUAGGUGAGUUUACAGCUGAACCUCAAUGUCCCUCAUAAUGUUGCACUUGCUUCCCACAGGAGUAAACUUUUGCAGGAUGUACAUGAACACUCAUCCUAAAAUUAAAAAUGACAGGAAUUACACAGUAUUGCCAACUCUUAUGGUUUUACUAGAGGUCUUGGAAUACUUAGUGUGUUGUUUUUUUUAAAGCCCCAGCUUCUGGAGUCAAAUGAUUGUGAGAAUCUCCACUUCCAAUUUGUAAAAAGGUACGUUUUUAGCUCUUGUUAUUGCAGAGAAAAGCAUGAACGUGUGAAUCCUAAAAACUUAACACAAAGUAAGUAAAAAGGACCCCAAACUAGACAAAUUCAAAUUAGAAAUUAGGUACAAAUUUCCAACAGUGAGGGUGAUGAACUAUUGGAACAAGCUACCAAGGGAAGUGGUGGAUUGUCCAUCUCUUCAUGUCUUUAAAUCAAGAUUGGAUACCACUUUGGAAGAUUUGUGUUAGUCAGACACCAGUUAUUGGGCUCAAUCCAGGAGUAACUGAGUGAAAUUUGAGGGCCUGUGUUAUGCAGGAGGUCUGACUAAGUGAUCUGAUGGUCUGUUCUGGCCUUAAGCACUAUGAAUCUAUGAAAACUUACUAUUUUAAAAACCUUGGGAUUUCUAAGCCAAUCUCAUGACUUUUGGGGGCCUGAUUUGAAUUCUCUGACUGCUCGAGGUUGGCGAGGUUGGCAAUGUUGACAAUGACCUUAAUUCAGAGUCGUUUGUCCAGGUUUGUUUGCUGUUUAGAAAUGAAUUAGCCUAACUCUUUAGGCUGAUUCUGUUUCUUUGUUGUAAAGCACAAUAUGUUAACUGUGCGAGUUAAGUUACUUUCAUUAAACACACACACAUAUAUAUGUACAUAUAUAACUAUGCACAAAAACAGAGAGACCAUAUCUUCUAUACUGUAAGACACACAAAGUAAAAGUGUAUGAAUCUCUCUUAGUAAGACCUUGGUAGUUACUUCCAUUGAGAGGUAGAAAACUUACCUGAAGUGAGGUAAGAAUUUAUUUUUUAUGUUCUUUCAGCUCAAAGCUGCUUCCUCUGCCUACUUCUCAAACAUGAUAGGUACUAAAGAGCAAGGAAAGGUCCUGCUUAAUGUUCUUUAAGCAGCACAGACAAGUUUGUGGAGGCUUCUGUGCUAAUGGGGCCAUGUACUGGAUCUGCACAGUAGUGAUUUUUUUUUUAAACUUUCCAGACGAUGUUUUCCAACUCUGGGUCAUUGUGACCUCUGCUAUUUUCUCCCUUCGGAGCUGUGCCUUUCACCCUCUCCUCUUAACCAUGUACCAAGGCUGCAGUCAUAGUAACAGCUUUGGAUCCAUUUGUCUGUUGUGAGUAGCGCUCUCAUUUUUGCGAGAAGCUAUUGUCCCGUGAAACUCCCUUUAGAUCAGCAUUUUUGUGUGGCUUGCAAGCAGCAACCACACGUCUCCCCCUGUGUUAUAUAGCUGCACCCAAAUUCAGUGAAAUUCAUUAAUAUAAUUCCCCUAGAUUAUAUUCACCCAGCUGUGCUAUGCAAAAUCUUUUUCCCAAAAGCAGCCUUGUAGAUGGGUGUGUACUUUAAUCAUAUAGCAUAUAAAGCAUGUGGUGUGGGUGGGUUUUUUCUCUGAAGUUCAAGAUUAAGAAGCAAUUGAAUGUUUUGUCUAUGCAUUAUUUUGUGGGGGCUAGAAGAAGGUUUACAAGGACAUACAGACUCCAGUCGAAAUGUCAUUCUAGUGGUGCUAGGCUAACGCUACUGAGGGAGAUGGAGCUGAUCAGACCCACUGUAGCCUUAUGGUAAUUCACAAACAGUCACUGUUUGAGAUGUGUGAUUAGAUGGUGAAGGCUCUUGGGAAUGUAUUGUGCACUUGGCUUUGUGUAA